AUGAGCCGGCGGCAUCAGAGUCAAGUUCGGGGCGAUGAGGCGGUGUCGGUGUCAAACCAAGCAAGCAAAACAAGCAGCUCCAGCGCCGACCCUCGGCAGCUGAGCAGCGUGGUCUCGCUUAUUUGGAAGCGUAAUGCACAGAUUGGCAACGAAGCGCUGCGUUGUCAAUUGCCUCGAAUGUGUACAUCCAGCACAAUCAGCGCUGGACACGGUGCUGCAGAUGGCUCCAUUGCGGGACGCAGUGUGGACUAG